AUGGUUUUCUGGGUGUUUGGCUAUGGCUCGCUUGUGUGGAACCCAGGUUUCGAGGUCGACGAGAAGGUGAUUGGGUUGAUUAAGGACUACAGGCGUGUCUUUGAUUUGGCGUGCAUUGACCACCGAGGCACGCCUGAGCUCCCUGCUAGAACUUGCACCUUGGAAGAACAUGAAGGAUCUGUCUGCUGGGGUGCCGCUUAUUGCGUGCGUGGAGGGUCGGAGAAAGAGAAAGCAGCCAUGGCGUAUCUCGAGAGACGAGAGUGUGAAUAUGACCAGAAAACUUUGGUAGACUUUUACAAAGAGGGUGAUUCGGAAAAGCCAUUUGUGACUGGUGUGAUUGUGUUCACGUCCACACCCGACAAGAUUUCAAACAAGUAUUAUUUGGGUCCGGCCCCUUUGGAGGACAUGGCCGCGCAAAUUGCAACAGCGUUUGGUCCUUGUGGCAAUAACAGGGACUACCUCUUCUUGCUAGAGAAGGCCUUGUUUGAUAUUGGUCAUGAAGAUGACUAUGUUAUCGAGCUUGCGAAUGAGGUGAGGAAGGUUCUAGGAAUAGUCAAAAGCGGUGUGGCCAUUGGGAAAAGGCUCUUGUGGUCUUCUUCGGCUGAAAUGCGGGUUAAGUCGAGCUUGUCGCCAAUCAAGUUGAGGUCCCUACCUGAAGCAAUUGCCAUGGAUUCUUCUUAG